AUGGUCCAUAGUAAACGAGAUAAUAAUGCACAUACAGCAAGAAAACAGGCCAAUAAUCAUGCGGAAUCGAGCUCGCAAGUAUCCGCACGAAAGAAUCAAUUGGAACUUGUUGUGCUGAAAAUUGACGAGAGCGGAAAUGGUGACAAGGGAGAUGAUGAAGCACAAACAUCGGAUGUCGAUUUUCAGAACGAUCUGUUUGAGCGUUUACGUGCAUCUCGUCUUCAUCCAAAGUGGAUAACGGCUGAAGAAUGUCUGGAAAAGACGUGUAAAGGCAACGAAGUUUUCAUAUUACUUCAUUUCAAUGGUCCUGUUUUUGAGCAUCUUCAAUCAUUGAAAUGCAGGAUAUAUGGGUCGUUAGCAGCGUUGACGUGUUUGUUGAAUGAGCAACGAUUACCGAAGUGGACACAUCCAAUCUUAUCAAUGACUCUUCGCGACUGUGUUAUUUGUUUCACGGGUAUCGACAAAGAGAUUCGAGUAAUUUUUUAUUAA